CUGCUCCUUUUCAUCAGUGCGGCGUUUAGGCUUCUCCUGGCGGUAGUCUGCGCUGGUGUGGUGGCGAGGCCGGCGAUCGCAGCCAUGACAGCGGCUGAUGUUAAUCCAAAGGCCUAUCCCCUGGCAGACGCCCACCUCACCAAGAAACUACUGGACCUUGUUCAGCAAUCGUGUAACUACAAACAGCUUCGGAAAGGAGCCAAAGAGGCCACCAAAACACUGAACAGGGGCAUCUCUGAGUUCAGCGUGAUGGCAGCAGAUGCUGAGCCCUUGGAGAUCAUCCUGCACCUCCCACUUCUGUGUGAAGACAAGAAUGUCCCCUAUGUGUUUGCGUGUUCCAAGCAGGCCCUAGGGCAGGCCUGUGGGGUCUCCAGGCCUGUCAUUGCCUGUUCUGUCACCAUCAAAGAAGGCUCUCAGCUCAAGCAGCAGAUCCAGUCCAUUCAGCAUUCUAUUGAAAGGCUCUUGGUCUAA